AUGGAGCUGCCUCCACUGACCAUGGAGCAGCUCUCACAGCUGGUGGCUUCCAACGCUCCACCGUCACAGCUCUUCGAAGCCCUAUCACGAUAUGAGCUUCAAGCAUGUCUCAUUUCUACCGGGAGCAAUGGUCCUAACGCAGGCGGCGAUGGCUCCACACUAUUGAGCAUGUUCUACUCGAGCUUCUUUCUCGUCCAUCUUCUUACCGACCAAGUAUCUGAAGCUCGCGCCUUAACGAAACGAAUUCCCGAAGCCCUGCUACAAUAUGACCCUUCUUUACAGAACUGCUUGACUUUGCUGCGAGCGGUAUGGCAGACUCAACACGCACAGGUCUACCAGGUACUCCGAGGCCUACCAUGGCCAGACGCUUUACAGCCACUAGUUCGGAGAUAUGAGAGUUUCUUCCAAGACAAGACCUUGAUCGCAGUGAGCAGGUCUUACGAAGCUAUACGACUAGUUACAGCAGCGAUCCACCUGGGUCUUGAUGAGCAGCUUGCCGAGAAGGAAGAUCCAAACAUAAUAUCGAAUUUCACGAAAUGUGGGUGGUCAUGGGAUUCGGAAUCAAAGCUGCUGCAUCCCAAACCUAUUGUGGUAUCGCCCACGGAACCUCAGUCUUCCAACGGGAUUCGCAAGGCAAUGGCAAUGUUGGGAACGCGGGCAUGUUAA